CUGACCCUAAUCUAUUAUUUUAUUUAUCAUUUUCCUAAUUGUCCUGGGAAGACUUCAUCCAUACGGCCACAAACCUUAUCGCAUUCUGGCGUCUAGCCUGAGAAAUAUAAAGCAAGGCCCUGUAAUCAGAUGAAUUAAGCCCUAAAAAAAGAUCCUGCAUCAGAGGACAGCACCAGUGCAGUGAAAUGCAUCGCAAUCACGCAAGGAAUGGAUGCCAGGGAACACCUCCUUCUUGGGGGCGAGUCCGCAAACGGACGCAUCAAAACGCAAGCUUCCGCUUUCGCCAGCUGGAGUCACGGCUCUGAAUUCCGGUCGUGGUGCAUAAGAAACUCCAAUAAAAUGUCGAACUACGCUAGAGUCAUUCAUCAUGCUACUAGUAUAUUAUGCUGCAACAAAGGCUCCAUGGACCUGCUGCAGCUCUACCGCAAAGUCUACCAGCGUUUUGGCACCGAGGAAGACGAUUUCUGGUACAUCGUCAAGAAAUGCCCAAGGUUCGCAGUAGUGAAAACCAGGGAGCGAACAACGGGAGAGUUGGGGUCCGACUGUAUCAUUGUUGCCAAAACAUCUCUUCGACUGUGCAAGAACUACUCAAAGCAAGAAUGCACUGACUGUCAAGAACUCCAUCUUUGCAAAUAUUUUGUCUACGGAAACUGUCGCUACGGCAAAGGCAGGAAGCCGUGUAAGUACUCCCAUGACGUGCAGUCGGAGCAUAACUUCCGCCUGCUGAGGGAAUGCACCCUUCAUGAACUCCAUGAGGACGAGCUGUUCCUGUUACUGCUGCAGAAUGACCCCUCACUGCUGCCGGAGGUGUGUUCCCACUACAACAAGGGCUCAGGGCCUUACGGGUCCUGCACGUUUCGGGACGGCUGCACCAAACUGCACCUGUGCCUGCACCUGCUGCAGGGUGACUGCAUGUUCGGCUCGCGCUGCAAACGCCUGCACGCUGCCGACCAAUCAGGACACAGAAUGCUGCAGGAGCGUGGCCUGGGAGAUGACAUCAUCCAGGACCUGCCAAUCAUCUACCAGAAUGUGUACAGGCUGACAGUGCAGACGACAGAUAGAGGCUGUGAUGAGCUGGUGAGUUCAGGGCCUCAGGUGGAGGAGAAGAGUGAGAUUUGUCUCCACUUCCUCAGAAGGAACUGCAGAUUUCAGGAGCAGUGUAUGCGCGUGCACUUUAACCUCCCCUACAAGUGGGAGGUAUGGGAGUCGGGCACGUGGAGGGAUUUACGGCAGAUGGAGCAGAUCGAGAGGGCUUUCUGCAACCCCCACAACACACACAGUCCGAGCCACAGUCCAGUUGACUUCUUGUCUAUGAAGCGCGGAUAUGACUCCGUGCGGCGUCUCUCCACCGUCUCCUCGGUAACUAAACCGACUCACUACAUCCUCACCACCUUCUGGCUCUGGUACUACAAGGGGGACCACGGCAACUGGAUAGAGUACGGACAGCCGGAUGAGAAAGGGCGGGUGACGUCUCUGUCGUCACGGGAACUGGAGGAGGCGUAUCUGCGUGACGACACUGCUGAGAUCGCGGUCACGAAGGGCCACCGACUUUACUAUAUUAGUUUCCAUGACAUGUACCAACGGAACACCAAACACAACACCAAGAGGAGAAUCCGCCGCCGGCCGCGCUUUGUCUCCAUCUCUGAGGUGGAGGACCAAACAGCGCGGUGAAAACACACACACACUUUUUGACACAAGAUGUGUUUUUUUUUUUUAUCCUUUGGCAGAAAGCCUGCCAAAGAAAGAAUGGUCACAUUUGUACAGUGUGUAUAUAACCACAUCCAGUGUGAGGACAAUGACUGAAGUUAGACAUUCACUGUCUAUAUGCAAUACCAAUAGUGAUUGUGUUACUGAUAUGGCUCUGGUUUGAGCUGCUCUCAAUAGAGAUGACUGAGUUAUCUGGCCUUCAAUGUCUGGAUUGUUACCAAAUCUGAACAAUAUUAGGUCAUGCUUACACACACACACACACACACACACACACACACAUGCAGAUGAAUGUUUGCCAUUCCAGAAAACAAGCUUAGGUUGUGUACAUAUUUAUGUAAAAUACAAAUUUAACUUUUAAUAAAAGUCAUUUGUAUGUUCUGUG